AUGGCUAACGUUGACGAGGAGAUAAAGGCACUCCAGAAGGAGCGGGAGAGCGGGAUCGUGGCAACGGCGGAUGGCGAGGAUGACGGUGGGGACGGGGGAGAGGGGGAUGGCGCCGACGGCCAGGUGGCGCUCACGGGGGCGGGCGCCUACGAUCGAGACAUCUACGGCGGCGGCGGCGACAAGUUUGCCGGAGUCUCCCGAACGGUCGUGGAGGAAGAAGAGCCCGAGGACGAGGACGAGGUCGUCACGAGCCACCGCGGUGGCGGCGGCGCCUCGCACCCGGCCUCCCGUGCCAGCGUCAACGCUCCCCGGCACCUGCUCGACGGCGGCGAGGAGAGGGAGGGCGGCGACGACGACAACAGCACUAUCGCGGGCAUGCGGGCCGGGGGGUCCGGGAUGGUGAACACGGUCAUCGCGGAGCGAGAGUCGGCGUACCAGGCGAAGGGUCGCCGGAACCAGAUGAUUUCUCCCAUCCGAGGCGGAGACGCGUUUGCCGGGCAGACGCCGACGCGAAGCUUUAGGGAUAUUAUGGCGGAGCAGGCCCUCGCCAAGGAGAAGGAUGUGAAGCGGCGGUGGGACGACGGGGGGACCCCGGUCGCCGGUGGCGUCGCGGACGGGGACGAGACCCCCGCGGUCGGCAAGAUCGUGUCCGACUGGGAUGCGGACGUGGCGACGCCGGUGCGAAGCAGCCGCGGCUUCGGGGGCGGGGAGACCCCCGGGAGGACGCCCGGGGGCGGCGGAGAGACCCCCGGUCGCAGCCGGUGGGAUCAAACCCCUAGCCGCGAUGCCCAGGAGACCCCCGUCACCAGGCGUUCCAGCAGGUGGGACCAGAGCGGGGGCGGGGGCGUGACGCCCAUGGCAGGAGGCGUUACCCCCGGCGGGGUCGGGGACACUCCCAAGGCCGGGUCGAAGUGGGACGACGAGACCCCGAGGGCGGGGGGCGGGUUCGGGGCAGGGGAGACGCCCUCGGGGCGUAAGAAGUCUCGGUGGGAUCAGACCCCUCAAGCUGGCGUAACCCCGGGGCAGACCCCGGUGGCGGGCGCCAUGAUGACCCCCGGCGCCACGCCGUCCGCGGGGUGGACACCCGGGCAGACCCCCUCGGGGAUGGUGACUCCCAGCCCUAAUCUCGCGCAGGCGGGGCUGGGCGGGGCCGGGGAGCCGAUGACUCCGGAGCUGGCUCAACAGAUGCGGUGGGAAAGAGAGCUCGACGAGAGGAACCGCCCGCUGACCGACGAGGACCUGGACGCGAUGUUCCCGCCGGCGGGACGGUUGCUGGCGACUCCCACGCCGAUGCCGAUGACGCCCGGUUUCAAGAUGAUGCAGACACCGGCCAGGGAGGAGUAUGGGGUGCCGGCGACGCCCACGGAGAGCUCUCUGCCCUUCAUCAAGCCGGAGGAUUACCAGUACUUCGGCAAGCUGAUGGACGAGGUGGACGACGAGGAGCUCAACGCCGAGGAGGCCAAGGAGCGGAAGAUUCUCCGCAUGCUGCUCAAGAUCAAGAACGGCACGCCGCCGCAGCGAAAGACGGCCCUUCGCCAGAUCACCGACAAGGCCAGGGACUUCGGCGCCGGCCCGCUCUUCAACCAGAUCCUCCCGCUCCUCAUGUCCCCCACGCUGGAGGACCAGGAGCGGCACUUGCUGGUCAAGGUUAUCGACCGUGUCCUGUACAAGCUGGACGACCUGGUGCGCCCGUACGUGCACAAGAUCCUCGUGGUUAUCGAGCCGCUCUUGAUCGACGAGGACUACUACGCUCGGGUAGAAGGGCGCGAGAUCAUCAGCAACCUCGCCAAGGCCGCGGGCCUGGCCACCAUGAUCGCCACCAUGCGGCCGGACAUCGACAACCUAGACGAGUACGUCAGGAACACCACGGCCAGGGCCUUCGCUGUCGUUGCCUCCGCCCUCGGCAUCCCGGCGCUUCUGCCUUUCCUCAAGGCCGUGUGCCAGAGCCGCAAGUCGUGGCAGGCGCGGCACACGGGGAUCAAGAUCGUGAUGCAGAUCGCUAUCCUGAUGGGGUGCGCGGUGCUGCCGCACCUCCGUCAAAUGGUGGAGAUCGUAGAGCACGGCCUGGUCGACGAGCAGCAAAAGGUUCGCACGAUCACGGCCCUGGCGCUGUCCUCCCUGGCCGAGGCGGCCCACCCGUACGGUAUUGAGUCGUUCGACCGGGUGCUGCGUCCCCUGUGGAAGGGCAUCCGCACGCACCGAGGGAAGGGUCACGCGGCCUUCCUGAAGGCCAUCGGGUUCGUGAUCCCCCUCAUAGACGCCACGUACGCCAAC